CUGCUCUAUUGCAUGUUCCCUCCACUGAAACUCCGUAUUCUAUAAUAGCAACACCUUUGAACUUCGUACUAGAUACCGUUCACACACACUCUGCAGGCCCCAGCGACUUCUUAUUACACUUGUCCACCGCCAGUGCAUGCUUCUUCUCCUCGCCUUCGUCCUGAUCAUUAUCCCGUUCGUGACAGUACAGCUGGAGCGCCACAAAUACUCGAUUAGUUCCCGCGUUCAUACUUGGAUGCAACAGACAGGUCUCGAUGGUGGGAACGAUACCAGCAUGAGUCAAGAGCCAAAUCAGAACCCACUACGGAAGCCUUGGAACCCACCAUUUCCAACCCAGCCACCCGAAAACGAGCCUAAGAAAGGAAUACUUCUAUCGUUGCCCAAGCUACAUCUCCCAGCGAGUCUCAACAACCUCGUGAGGCACGACAGUGACGACCUACCCGCGCUGGAAGGGAGCGAUAAUGGGCCACCAUAUAACGGCGCAUUGAGUCCAGGCACGGCAGCAAUUCUGGGAACAUAUCGACGAUUACCGCCUCCUCCUUUACCUACACCAAUUGACCCUCCCUCGUCUCACGACCCUCUCUCACCUCACGACGUGACAAUCAAGCCAAUUGGCAGAUCAAGAACCGAACCCAUGGCUCAAACAUUAAGUCCUCCGAUUCCACGGCGCACAUCAGAACGAUCUUUGUCGGCCACUUCAGCGGCAUGGAUUACACUGCAAUUGAUGUCUGUCGCCUUGAUCGUCUUUCUGAUCUUGGUUCUGAUUGCUCAUUGCAUGGCUUGGUUUGUGGUAUACAAGACUGAGUCAAGACUUGGCGAUGUGAGACGUGGGUUAUUGAGAGGUGGUGAGAUGAGAAUGUGUUUGUGCACGCGUUGA